AUGAUCGAUCGAUUCUGUCCGAAAGAGAGAAAAAAACUCAAGCUUUCCGGCCUAUCUUCAAACCACGAUCGCGUCCACUCCAGGCCAUCAUUCUUUUUCCUUUUAACAACUGGUUCAUUAAUCUUGAAGCUACUAGUCUCAACAUUGAAUUUCGGAGAUCAGGAACAACAAACAAAUUUAAAGGAGUUGAAUUUUAGGGAAAAAUUAAUAUAUCCAAACCUCAUUUCAAAGGCCCAAAUCUGGGGAUUUAUUCUCGAAAAUUUUUCAUCAUUCACCUCCUUGAUGCAUCUCUCCGACAACCCCCGCAGUCACGGCUGUUUGUGUCGUGGAGUUCUCAAGAAACAAAUUUUUGUAGGGGCCGAGUUUGAUUAUGAUGAAGAGGACCCGAAGCUAGACUUGAACGACGCCACUUUACGGCUGACGCUUGGAUAUUAUCAUUGA